GAUUGCGAAUUGCAUUUUCUGGGGCGGCGUUUAUUUACAUCCUAUACAUUAAAAUUAUUGGAAUUCUGAAGACAUUAGCUCACCAUUCACAUAAAUAAAUGUGCCAAGUGCGUUUAAUGCACUGAGAGGAGUUAGGAACGUGUAAUCUACAACCGACAAUUGUCCAGUGCACAGGCCUUGGGGCUAAGUUUGUUAGCAGUGUGCGGGAGGGUAAUAACAUUUAUUACACACACACACACACACACAAAACUAUGACGAUUGAUGGCUCCACCCUGCCGUCAGAGCUGCUCGUGAUACCACAACCGCUAAUUGGAUUCUGUGGAUUGGAUGUGGCACGUCAAAGUGUCCAUAAAUCCAUUUGGGAUGCAUUCAGCGGAACUCUGCAACGGAAACCUGUGGAUAGAGAGAGGGAUCGGGCAGCCGUUCAAUAUAAACUACUGCCUCCAAACUAUGAGUUCCCGGUGGCCAAGCCGAAGCGUGUGUCCUAUGAGUGGUAUCAUCCGAAGGGAAUACUUAAGCGUAACUGGAUGUUAAAGCAUCUUCACGUAUUGCCAUCGGUGGUGGUUCUCUUCCAGGACAUAGAAUGGAACGAUAGCCAGUGGACAGAGAAACAGGUGCAAUGCGCCGCAAUUGUGCAGGCCUUGAAGAACUCAUUGCAGGAACGCAACACCAGGCUAUGCCUUGUGCUGCUCCAAAAGUCGGCACCACUUCCUCCCGGCGAGGAUACGUUGGCGUCGGAGCGCGCUGCCAGUCUAACAACCGCUUGUGGAAUUACCAGUAAAAUGCUGUUCAUUUUGCCACACACAGAACAUCUCAUGGGCUACACCCUGCGCCUGGAGUCGGCGUUCUUAGACAUGGCACAGUCCUACUAUGCACUUAUGUCCAAGCGCAUUCGAACUCAUCGGGAUCAGUUAUCCGCCGCUCAUACAACUCUCAAGAUUCGGCAUCAGUUCAAGCUGGGCUUUGUGGCUGAGAUGCGUCAGGACUUUACCACGGCACAAAAACACUAUUUUCAGGCCUAUGCAAACUUGGAUGAGAUACGGAUCAAUGACGGGAAUUGCAUGGAGAUCAAAACGAUUGCCGGAUUUCUCAAUUAUAAGAUGUGCAGGCUUAUGUUCAAGUUAAAAACUCCAAGGGAUUCCAUCAAUCAGUUCAUUAUACACAUUGAGAAGUACAAAAGUCGCGUGGGCUUCAAGGAUUUGGCCUUUGAGCAUCACGCCUGGCUAAGUACGCAACACUCUGUCUUCGCGGAGCUAUUCUGUGAGGCCAUCAAAAAUGGUUUGCCGGCGCUGCAGAUUCAGCAUCCGGGUAUUUACUUCCAAAAAGCUGCCGAGUAUGUGAUCAAGCGACGCGAAGCUGCUCAACAGGCCAGUGUCGAGCUCUUAAACUCCAACCUCAACUCAACAGAUGCGUCGUCCAGUCAAACACAGUCCAAUUUGUACACCGAGUUCUUUGGAAUACGUGCUGUGAAGACAGGUGAUCCUGUUGCCGAGCAGCAGGUGAAUGUUCAGUUGUGCGAGCUGGAGCGUAACUAUAAUCAUUCAUCGGCUAUUAUAGCGCUGCUGAGUCAGGCCAUGGCACAGUUUAAGAUCUACAAAUGCCUAAGAUUCCGCAAGAAACUGGCCAUUGAUAUGGCCGAGGAGUAUCUACUAAGUGGUGAUCAUGCCAAGGCCUUGACUCUAUACUCUCUAAUGCUGCCCGACUACCGUGAAGAAAAGUGGUCAACUAUUUUUAGUGAUGUGCUGUUGAAGACGCUUCGCUGUGCUCUGCUUUCCGCCUCUGUGGCAGAUUACAUUGCCUGCAGCAUUGAGGCGUUGUCGCUGCGUCAUCAUGGGGAGCAAAAAGAGCGCGUGCUGCUGCUGGAGAAUCUUUGGCAGGUUUUUCAAAGCGUACCUCCAAUGCCACAAUCCCAAUUGACGACCGACAUUCAAACGCUUUGGAACAAUGCGUUGGCCAGCGUUAAGUCACCAAUUCAAAUUGAUUUAGAUAAGAUCAGCGAUGUGCUAGAACUCUGCGCAACAUUCCAACAAGUUCAACUGAACAAUAAUGAUGUGCUGCAGCUGCAUCUCAUAGUGCGCGUUCUAACCGACGUCCCGCUGCGUAUACGCAACUUCCAUGUGCUGCUCGCCGAUGCAAGUAAUCCGCAAAACAGCUACAAACUGGAGGCUCUCAAAUAUUUAUGUUUCUCCAACUUGCUGGAACUGCGGCAGCAGAAGAUUCCGAAGCAAGGCGAACAUCUGGAGCUCAAAACGUAUGAGAAGAAUAUGAGAUUAGAGCCAGGCUGUUAUUAUCAACUGCUGUGCAGCACGGAGGCGCAUCAGUUCAAUGAGAAUACACAGCUGCGUAUUGUGCGAUUGGAGGCGCAUAUGGGCACCGAUCAAAUAGGUGCAUUACUCACGUGCAGCGCCAACUAUACGCGUCAACAAUUCCGACAUCACACGCGCCGUCGCGAUCUCGAUGAUAACGUGACAAUCAAUCCCAUUUGCUAUAUUGCGCCCACCUUCCAUUUGAGCACGCAAACGAGCCUUGGACAUGUAGCGAACGAUGCCCCAACAACAACAAUGAUGGUUAAUGAAUACUAUCCAGUGGUCACCACAAUAAGCAAUCCCUAUAAUGUCUAUCUGCAAAAUGUGGGCGUGCACAUCAGCGUGCCGGUCGAGCUGCGCAAUAGCGUUUUUCUUACGACGGAUGUGUCGACCGGACGGCAGAAGCUGCAUGCCCAGAUCCAGAUCGAUGUGGGUGAAUUGUCCGGACAUGGCAGCAACACGGCGACAUAUUACAUCUUUAGUUUGGUUGAGACGGAGAUCAAACUGCAGCAACGUCUUAGCUACACUUUGGAUGUGGAUCGCAGUGCAGGAGGAGGAGGAGCUGCCAAUGUCAGUCACAGUACCACGCCCAACAGUUCCGAGACAACGCCUGAGCAUGUCAAAGUUAUAACCAAUAGCCUGGCAACAAUAUCGCCGGUACAGAUCGAGUAUUUGGAUGAGACCAGGCUGCGCAAGUCACGGGAGGACACCUUGAUUGUAAGAUGUGUUGGUGACUUUAAGUUUAGUGCCCGCUUCUAUACUCUCAACCGGCGACCAUUGGGUCAAGCUUAUCGUGGUGAGAACUUCCUUCUGAGAGCCAACACGGAGGUCGUGGCUGUGGACGAUGUGGAAAUACUGGACAGCUUCUUUAUAUGUGAUCACAAUUUAGUGCAAUCAAACUACAGUUUUAAGCGUAAAAAGUAUACCAACAAGUACAGAGCUGGUGACCAGCUGGAGAGUGUGAUUGUGCUGCGCACAAAUGCCACGCUUCAGGAUUGGACGACUGCUCGGGAUCUGGAGCGCUCCAAGUCCGAGGAGAGUGUGUCCAGCAAGUUUAUAAGUCGACAACAAAAGAUGCCGUCAACGGGCAACAUUGGAGAUGCACCUCCUCCAGCGCCAGCUGCUCCAAUGAGCGGAUACAUGAGCAAAAGCCUAAUGUCCAAAAUUCCAACAAGCAUGACCAUCAUCAAUAACAACACUGGACUGCAGGUGGCCAAUGCGGGGAUCAUGAGCAACUCAAUACAUUCGGAUGAUGGUAAGCUGAGUCUCAGCGGCGCUGAAGAUAGCGCAGUCUUGCCAGUCGCUGGACAGGAUGCACCCAAAAGCAUGCGGAUCAUAUUCAACAAAGCGCUGGAGGCGGUUCAGGCAACUGGACAUCAUCGUGGCUUCAUCAAAGGCGUUUACACGCUGGACUCUUCAGCGCCGACGACGAUCCCCAAAUUUGGUGUGUUUUGCAUACGUUGGCGACGACCAGGCGUUAAGGAGGAGAAUGAAUCCAAGUUUAUUAUAAGUGGCCUUGAUAUAGCGGAGCCGCCGCUAAACAUUUACUGCACCAUUGAGGAGAAGAUGUUUGUCAAAAUGCCCAUGGCCUUCAAGGUGGUGCUAAAGAAUCCCACAACGCAUGUACUCCAUCUGAUAGCCACGUUGUCCAUUAGCAAAUCCGAUAAUUUCAUAUGUUCUGGCCAUAAACAGGUGGACGUUUCCAUCAUGGCAUAUGAUGAGAAGGAGUUGGUCUAUAAUUUAUAUCCACUGCAAGUGGGUUGGCAGGAUCUGCCUGUGCUAACGCUGGAGUACAACACAAAGGCCGAUCCUCAAAAGAAUGAUAGCCAGAAUGUGCUGCUCGAUGAGCUCGUCCAGCGUGCGCUGCCCAAGCGCGUUUUUGUGCUGCCACCGAUGAAGCAGCUGACCAAGUAAUUUGUUGUUGGCAACUCAAAUGUCAUUUGUUAAUUUAAGUGUUUUAAAGUCUUAAUAUAUCAUUGUGGUAUGUAAAAA